AACUACAACUGAAGCUCCAACCACAACAAUUGCACCAACAACUACUACUGAAGCUCCAACCACAGAGAACAUCCUGAAAACCACAACUGAAGUGUUAACCACAACUAAUGCAUCAUCUGCAGCUGCAGCUGCAACCACAACAGCCAUCCCAACAACUACAACUGAAGCUCCAACCACAGCUAAUGCACCAUCAACAACAACUGAAGCCCCAACCAACACAACUAUUGCACCAACAACAACUGAUUCUCCAACCACAACAAUUGCACCAACAACUACAACUGAGGUUCCAACCACAACAAUUACAUCAACAAGUACAACUGAAGCUCCAACCAUAACAAAUUCACCAACAUCUACAACUGAAGCUCCAACCACAACUACUGCACCAACAACUACAACUGAAGCUCCAACCACAACUACUGCACCAACAACUACAACUGAAGCUCCAACCACAACUAAUGCACAAACAACAAGUGCAUCUCCAAGCACAACAAACAUCCCAACAAGUACAACUGAAGGUCCAACAGCACCUAAUGCACCAAUAUCAACUGUACCUCCAACCAUAACAAUCUCACCAACAACCAUAACUGAAUCUCCAACCACAACAAUUGCACCAACAAGUACAACUGAAGCUCCUACCACAACAAAUUCACCAAUAACUACAACUGAAGCUCCAACCACAGCUAAUACACCCACAACUACAACUGACGGUCCAACCAUAACAAAUUCAUCAACAACUACAACUGAAGCUCCAACCACAACUAAUUCACCAGCAACAUCUGUACUCUCAACUACACCAAACAUCCUAACUACAACUGAGGCUACAACAACCACAUAUGCACCAACAACUACACCUCAUGCUCCAACAACAACAAAUGCACCAACAACUGCAGCUGUUGGAACCACAGGCUUUGUUGUUAUGAACACCACAACAACCAUGAAUUUGGUUCCUUCUACUGCUCCACAGACACCCCUCAUAACAACUGCUGCUCUGUCUACCUCUGAUUCAACAUCUGCAAUCACUGCAGGAUCCUCCCCUGUAACUAAUGCCGCAGCAGCCUCAACAACUGAAGGUGCUUCUGUCGCCGUGACAACAAAUUCUCCAGCUGCAACAAAUACAACUACAACAACAGCUGCAAACUCAGUGACUUCCCCAACAGCUGCCACGAGUGGUGUACCUGUGGUUGUUGCACCGACUGUCUCUGGGGGUUCCUCUGGUGCAUCAGCAACCACAGCACCACCAACCACCAUCGGGACGGUGCUGAUCUUCAUCCGCUUUGUGUUCUACACCCUGAAUCCAGUCCCCAGUGAGAGCCAGAUUCUCAGCCUCGCCAGCACACUGUUAGACUCUCGCGUCAGGAGUCUGAACGACCCCCAGAAACUGCAGAAUGUCACUUAUGAGAAAUUAUCAGACUUUUCCUUCGCUAUCAACGUGGCCUACCAGAUACUCAACGUGAGCAUGUCAGAGAACAUGGGACUGAGAAAUGAGACUUACAACCUCAUCCAGGACUCUGUGAACAACCUGCUGAAUAUAAUUCUGAACAAACCCGGGGCGAAUCCUUUCGUCUUUCCACGAGCGAAUUACACGAGCAUGCCUAACCAAAUUGAGGCUGACGUGCAGUACGUCUUUCGGGAAGGUGACAUUAACCAACCCAGUGCUUUCCUGGCUGCCAUUCUGAAAGUCUCUGGCCUGGCCACCACUGCUGCCCCAACAACAACCACGACCACAACCACUACAACCACGACCACCACGACCACGGCCAGCCCCACAGUCCUGCUGCCCACGGCCACGGGGAACAGCACGGUGGCGGGAGGGAGCUUCCCUGGCUGGGCUCUGGCCAUCAUCAUACCCUGCGGUAUCGCCAUCAUCCUGGUGCCCUGUUGGAUCCUCCUGUGUUGCCUGCUGUGUGGCUGCUGUGCAGCUCUUAGAAGACGCUGGCACAGGAGACGGUCCUACAACGUGCAAUACACCACACGGAACAGCCUCUUCUGAGAAGACCCAUCUGGCAUUUAUCCAUAUAAGUGCGAUGGUUUGGACAACAUUGACAGGAAUUACCAUGAAAAGAACUACAUCUCCCACAAUGCUGCGGUGCACCAGCCUUGCUGUCUCCACUUCCCUCCCUUCU